ACUUACUCUAAGCCUGAGCUUUCCUGUGAAGCCAUAGUUUGACACGAGCACACCUAACAUAACUAGGGAAAUGUCCCUACACGAGGGCAUCUGAUAACUCGAUAUAUACCCGCUUCUAUUGUCUGUGAUCUGUCUAUUGUAUAACAGAAGUCAUGAAUACACGUGACCGAUAUAUGUCAUGGCUCACGUGUCAGUAGAUUUGUCUGCCUUUCAAAUUUGUCCCCAGUACAGAUUUACAACCACAACAACACUUGUCUGCUUGAGCGAAACCAUAAGCUGCCGGUCAGUGUAUUAAAUACCCUGGCGUACUGUGGAACAUUCACCAGGUACAGACUAAACUUAGUGGUGGAAGUGUGCGAUCCCAAACAGGAUGUCAGAAGAAGAUUCGAAUAAGAACAAACCGAAGCUGUAUGGCGAAUAUCUGCAGUUGCCGAGUCUGUUGAAAUGUCAGAGCAUGACUAGUGAGGAGGCGGGAAAGCCAGUCCAUGACGAGCACUUGUUUAUCAUCACACACCAAGCAUACGAAUUAUGGUUCAAACAGAUACUCUUUGAAUUGGACUCGGUCCGAGAUAUUUUUACAGCACCGGUCCUUGAUGAGGGUAAAACACGACAUAUUAACAAUCAGCUUGGACGUGUUACACUUAUAUUUAAGCUCUUGGUUGACCAGUUCCUCAUCCUUGAGACCAUGACCCCACUCGACUUUCUAGAAUUUCGAACACACCUUGCCACUGCAUCUGGGUUCCAAAGUCUUCAAUUCCGCUUAAUUGAAAAUAAACUUGGUCUUAAAGAGGAAAGUCGUAUUAAGUACAACCAGCAGCAUUACAUGAAGGUAUUCAAUGACCCUGAGAACAUAGAGAAGUUACAGGACUCCGUCUCCAGUCCCUCUCUACUAACACUGGUCGAGCGUUGGUUGGAGAGAACACCCGGACUGGCGAAAACUGAGUUCCAUUUUUGGGAGAGAUACCAAAUCGCCGUGAACCGGUGGUUGGAGGACCAAUGGCUACACCCAGCUAUGGAUGAACAGGAUCCUCAAGUGAAGGAAACACUCAUGGCAGAAUACCAAAAACAAAAGGACAGCUUUGAUACUGUCUUCGACCCGGAGAAACAUCAGAUAUCAAUGGAACGAGGUGAGCGGAGACUAAGUCACAAGGCGUUCCAGGGCGCCCUGAUGAUCUCUCUGUAUCGGGAUGAGUCACGCUUCAACCAACCGUUCCACCUUCUCACCCUCCUCGUGGACAUCGACUCUCUCAUGACAAAAUGGCGAUAUAACCACGUGAUGAUGGUACAGCGGAUGAUCGGCAGUAAGGUGGGCACAGGAGGGUCCUCUGGGUACCACUACCUCCGCUCUACAAUCAGCGACAGAUACAAAAUAUUCCUAGAUCUGUUCAACUUGUCAACGUUCCUGAUCCCACGUGACUACAUACCACCACUUACCACAACGAUGAAGAGAACGCUCAGCUCCGUCCUAAUGGAAGAUUAUAUCGAGGACGAGGUCAGGGUGAGCAAGGAGUAUACAACAUGAGUGACAAUAUGUUGGAUGUUACUGUACAUACAUGGAUUAAACUUACGUUGUAUAAUAAAUAAAUAAAUGGACUGAAAUAUGUUAA